UUUUUUGUCAGUAGAGUUCUCGAACGUACAACUGCGAGAGUGGUCUUUGAACGCGGCAUUUAGUUGGCUGAAGGACAGAUAUGAUAAUGGAUAAAUUAGUCAGUGUUGUCUUUUUUUCUCAACAUGAACUUAAUUUUGAUAAAAUUAAACUGUCGCCUAGGAAAUACCGCGUCCCUGUUCCUUUAAAGCAUUGUUAUUGGAUAAUAAUGCGUUAUUAACUAGAUGUUAUACCGUUAUACAUCCGGCAGCGCUUGCUAACGCUGUUAGCACUUCCGCUAGCUAACAGUUCCCAUUGUGUUGAAUGGAGGCAGAGAAAAGUGCGACAUACUUAAAGUCUGGUAAAAUACCAGCAUCCAACUUCUCAGAGAGGGAUGAACAAGAGCUCUGAAGAUAACUGAGGAAACAAGAUGGAGGAAUAUGAGACAAAUGUUGUGGCUUUGCUGAAGGAGCACCCAGGUGGAAUCCAUAUCAACAAGUUAUGUGAAUUUUACAACAAACAAUACCAAGAAAACCUGACAGUGAGCUCCCUGGGCUUCAUCAGUGUGGCCAGCUUUGUGAAGUCUCUGAAAAAGUUUCUGAUGGUGGAAAAGAAAGUGGUGUAUUACAAAGGCCAUUAUUUCAAAAUGAAGAGAGCUGAGGCAAUGGAUAAAACUGCUGUCUUGAAAAAAUUAGUGACCAUGGUUGAGCAGUAUCCAGAGGGUAUUCCUAUCAAAACCCUCUCCAUAGUCUACAGUCAGACCUACCACAAGAACCUGACCUUGUCCACCUUGGGCUUUGACUCCAUCACUAGCCUUGUUGACUCCCUGAAUGAGGAUCUAAUUGUUCAAGACCAAUUGGUGUACCACAAAAUACACCAGCAUGCAAAACAACCUGAAAGUCAGAAGUCAAAUCAAGCUGCAGGGGGCUGUAGAUCCUCUACUCCAGAAAUAUCAAAACCAGUAGUAGUAAACAAGACCCCUGCAACGGCUGCUACCGAGUCACUGGUGGGAGUUAGCCACCCUCUUAUUCAGCCAGGAAGUAGCCUUCGAGGGACUCCUUUGUUGCAAGUUCCAUAUUCUCCUGUUAACCUGGUCUUCACCGCUCCCAAGCCAGUUCAAAGUCUGAGCCAAGAUCAGCUCUACCAGAGGGUCUUACAGGUGAUGACCAAGUACCAGGAGAACGUUUCGUCAGUGGAGCAGCUCAAAACAUUCUACUUAAGGGAGUUUGGCGAAACGUUUCCUCUCGCACAGUACAUGUCUGUGUACGACAAAUGGGAAGCAAACGGACACAAAGAGCUGCGUUCCACUCAGUCUGAGCCACCAGCAGGGGCCAGCACUGGUGCACCAAUGACACCUACAGCAGCUGGUAAUCUUGCAAAAGAACUUGAGAAACUGAAGCAGGUACCGCUGUCUUUGACGUUGGAUGACCCUUCUGAAUUUCCGGAGCUGAUGUCCAAAAAAGACGAAAUGACCAAAUGGCAGAAAAAGAAAUUGAAAGAUGAGGUGGAGAAAGAUAAUGCAGCCCCCGUCUUCAAGGACUCGUACCAUGCCCAGCUGAGAGAAGUACAUGGAGAUAAUAUGCGGGCUGUAGAAGCCAUGACCAGGGAUGAGGACAGAGCAGCAGGGGGCAGGAGGAAGAACAGGGUCGUAGAUGAGAGUACAGUCAACAGUCUGAUGGAGGACGUGAGACGGGAAAUUGCUGCAGAGGGAGAGCUGGUUACUGAGGACAAGGUGAUUUCCAGGACCUGUGAGCUGAUGCAGGUUCCUUCUCUGGAGGCUUUUGGGCACAGAAACAGACAGAAAUACCAAGCUCUCAAAGACCUUCAGUACACCACAAGAGAGAUCAACAUUUUUAUCAGGUCCACUGAAGCAAUUUCAACCAUCUGCACACUGUACGAGCUUAGCCAAUCACUGGCCGGCCUAAAGGACAAGAAGCGUUUUGAAGAACUGAACCUAGGACCGCUCUGCAAGAUCCCGGAAAUACACCGCAUGUUUAAGAUCAACAGUAACACCAAGGACGACGACAUUCAACAGAUCGAAACAGCCGACAUUUUAAAGCAUCUACGUGUUUUUCGGAAGAAGAGUCCAAAGGUCAGAGUGGACCUGACUGAGUUUCUGCAGUAUUUGACUGAUCAGUAUGACUGUGAGUCUCCCUAUGAGCUGGGCAUCAGGAUUAAUAGUGUGGCACUGUCCAUAUCGACGCUGACAAAAGUCCGUAGUGCUGAGUUUACCAUCUUGGAUCAAGCCAGGCAGCUCAUCCUGAAGGAACUGGAGGAGGAGACUCAGGAUCGGCUGAGGAAAGUUAAGAGGAGCGUGUUGGAGUCGCUGCCAGGAGCUGGUUUCUCCGCCUCCUCCUCCUCCUCGACAGGGAACACAGAGCUCAGGAAGAAGUUUGCGUCGAUGACAGCAGCCGAGGUCGUGCUGGAGGUGUUCUCUAAUGCAGAAGGCGUGUUCACUCCCAGGAUGACCAAGCACGUCCAGACUUUUCUGCUGCAGGUGUCAGGGGACAGACUGAUGACGGCUCUGUUCCAGCUGGCCAUCUGUGGUGGCUCGCUGGCCAUCCCACAGGACCUGGUGCCCAGGGAUAAGACCCCCAAAACCAAGGAACAACCACAGGCAGAAUGUGACAAAUCAGCGGCAGCCCUCCCCAGCGCAGCCAACCUGAAGGAGUUUCUCAAAGACAGCCUGUCCUCACAACACUCGGCCAUUAAUCUGGCCUUCAUCACCAAUCUGGAGAGGCAGCUGACCAAACACUUCCAGGUCAAAGACUUCCAGGCUUUACAGCAGGGGAGCUUCUUGGAGUUUCUUGUCAAACAUAUUCAGCUGCUGCAGGACUCUCUGGGAUCCACUCUGUUUCUCGGCAGCGGAAACGCCAACAUCCUAGGCAACGGUUCAGGACCCACCAAACAAGACGUGUUUGAGUUCAUCAAGCAGUGUGGUGACUUCACCUCCAAAGACCCUGAUGAGCUUUUUCAUGUUGAAUCAGCGCUGAGAUCCCAUUACAGAGUCAGGGACAGUCGGGACCUCGGCUAUGGCACUCUUCAAACACUGGUUGGCCUGGUCAAACGUCUGAGUGGGCUGACGGGCGGAGGACCUAGCCAGGUUUUUUACGAGUCCGCACUCUUUGCCAAGCACAGCAAAGACAGUACUGAAGUUGUAGGUGAGGUGGUGGGACGUCUGGGAGAAGUGUCCAAGGCCCAAGCCCUGGACAGCUUGCUCUCCUGCCCCCUGCUAGAGGAUGUUAACGAGUGGAGUCAGUGGGAGCUGGUCUUUAAGCCGCUGCAUGGCCCGAUCAAAGAUUUCAUUGAAAGGAAUGCAGGUAACACAGGCCUGGCAGUGUUGGAGGUCGCACCAGGUCUGCUGCUCCGGAUCACAUCACACACAGGAGACAAGCAUUUCCACAGAGCUGUCACAGAGCUGGACCCCGUUGGCACAGCUGGACAUCUGGUGUCCAUGGUGGCCACAGACGGCAUCAACAACGUGUCCACAGCCCUACUGGCCAACUACAUGCAGAGCUCACUGGAAUCAGCAGUGGCUAAAGACAGCAGGAAAUUUUCUCAAGCUGAAGAAGAGACCUCAUGUUACAGCAGAGUGGCCAGGUUUGUCCUGGCAUGUCUGACGAGAAUCCCCAACAGAACCUGUCAGGCUCUGCUGCAGAAGGUCUUCUUGGUGCCCUUCUCUCGUGCCGUGGGCCAGGCUGUGUCCAAACAAGCCCUGGUCUCCUCCGCCCAGUCUGACCCCAGACACAUGAACUGUCUGCAUCGUCUGGGCCUCCUGCUGGGCAUUACAGACUGGGUGAAAGACUACCAGAAAAAACUGAACCCUCAGCAGAGACAAGACCCCAGACCAUUCACCCCACUAGUAGACCAGGUCAAGACAAAUUUGGUGAAUUCAGCGAGCAGCAGUCUCUCUGCUCUGAACAUGAGUGAAGAGGAUUAUUUGGAGGAGAAUUUCAUGGAUGACAGCUCUGUUUCCUCUAACAUGAACCCAAGCCAACAACUAGGUGACUUUAACAGUGAGCAGGAUGUUGAAGAGGAUGAGGAGGAGCAGCUCUUUGAGUUGGUCCCAGUCCUUAAUGGAGAGGUGUCACCUGUCAUCAACGAGGUAGAGGAUGGAGAGGAGGAAGAGAAGGAGAAGGAGCCAUCGGAGGAGUCUGACUCUGAGCAAAAGGAGGACGACUCCAUGCCUGGCUGUCAGUCAGAGACUACAAUCAGUCCUCAAAGAGCUAUCAUAGAAGACAUCAGAAAGAGUGAGUUUGGUAUUGGAGAAGAGUUGACAGCUAAAGGCCAAAAGCUCAUUGAGAAGAACCAGGAUCGUCUAGGCCGUAGUUUGGAACGCCUGUCAACAGAACUCUACAGCAAAGACACACACUUUGUCCUGGAACUUAUUCAGAACGCCGACGACAACAGUUACCCGUCUGAUGCUAGUGUUGUUCCAUCAUUGGCCUUCGUGGUGGAGCGAGACUGCAUCGCCGUCCUCAACAAUGAGAUUGGGUUUCAAGAGAACAACAUCAGAGCCGUCUGUGAUGUGGGCUGCAGCACCAAGGGAAAACACAAAUAUGGAUACAUUGGACAAAAGGGUAUUGGUUUCAAGUCUGUGUUCAAAGUCACCGACUGUCCAGAGAUUCACUCCAACGGCUUCCACAUACGUUUCGACAGGACCAGUGGAGUUUCCUUAGGUUACAUCCUCCCUCACUGGACUGAAGAUGUCAGGCCUCUGGAGGCACAGAUCAAGAAUGUCGAUCAGAACAGCUGGACAACGAAAAUCUGUCUCCCCCUGCGUACCGAGAGCCAUCAGACCAGGAACCUGUUCAAAGACAUCCACCCGUCCCUGCUGCUCUUUCUCCACCGCCUUCGCUCCAUCACCAUCUGUAACCAGAGUGAGAACCGUGUAGUGACCAUGACUCGAAAAGAUCUGAGUCACAAUGUGGUGGAGGUGGAGCACACAGAUGGGGUAGAGCGCUGGCUGGUGGUCAAAACAACACUGCAUCCUAAACAGCUUAAAGAGGAGGUCGAGUCCACUGAGCUCGCCUUGGCUUUCCAGCUCUGCAACGACGACACAGGAAGUGACAUCGUGUGCCAGCCAGAAAAACAACCAGUUUUUGCCUACCUGCCCCUCCGCAGUUUCGGCUUCAGAUUCAUCGUCCAAGCUGACUUUGACAUCCCGUCCUCUCGUGAAGACGUGGACAGAGACAGCUGCUGGAACCAGUGGCUUCGAUCAGAGCUACCUCAGCUUUUCCUUCAGGCCAUGGACGUAUUCACUAACCACCCACAGUUCUGUGGGCUGAAGGGCUUGUCUCAGUUCCUGCAGUUCAUCCCUCUGCCUGACGAGGUGAUGGACUUCUUCCAGCGUGUUGCUGGUCAGAUCAUCACGCUGCUGAAGGGAAAGGCUUUCCUGCCCACACUGAGCUCAGAUGAUGAGGUUGUCUACAAGAUGCCAUCCCAGGUAGCCGUGUGUCAGGACCCAGUGAUCCGCGAGGUGAUCAACAACGAGGAGCUGGGAAAACAUCUGUCCCUGUCAUAUCUGCACCCAGGUCUGAGCCCUGCACCUCCUAAAUCGCUGCUCAAGGACUUGGGGGUUCGAUACCUGGGUGGGUCAGAUGUCACCACUGUGACUACAGCCAUGGCCAAGGAGCUGCUGAAUGUGGAGGGAAUCCACUCAGAGGUUGGCCUGAGACAGUUGGCCCGGCUGCUAGUUUGUAACUUCAGAGCUCUGGAGUAUGGUUACGGCGAGUCGGACUCCAUCCUGCAGUCUCUCAAAGACCUUCCUAUUAUCCCACUGGCUGAUGGCCGUGUGGUGUCACUGAGCACUGAGGAGGUCUUCUUCCCAAUGGAAGACACCAAGACAAAGAAAUCGGACCAAAAAACGGUGCAGACAGGGCCACUCACUGCUCUGUACAAAGAUGUCAGUGUCGUUCUCCCCUCUCUGCUGAACUGCGUUGAGCCCCUGGAAAGUCAACAGGUCCGAGAACUUCUCCGAAGACUUGGAGUUCAUGAACUGGAGCCUCAGGAGCUGCUGGAGCAGCACAUCUAUCCAUGUAUAAGGAACAACAAGUGGAAGUUUAAGUCUGAGGCAGUGGUGAUGAGCUACUUGGUUUUCAUCAAGCAGCAUUCCACCUCCAGCCAGGAAUAUUCAGACAUUGCAGUGCCUGUACUGACUACCAGGGGACUCUUGUGUCCAGGAGUGGACAGAGUGUACUUCUCUGAGGAGUAUGGCAACAUCAACCUGCCCAACAAAUUGCCUGGCUUUGACUGGAUCCUGCUGAGCCCCUGCUACGUGCAGACAGACUGGGAUGUGGCAGGAUGGAGGGAGCUGUUCAGCCGACUGGGAGUCAGAGACGGUUUCAUCAUACGCAAAGAGAGGAAAUCGCUCACUGCUGAAGAACUGACGUCCAGCCCCUGGUUGGCUGAGAGUGGCAGGUGGCACCUGAGGCCUGGACAGGGCUGCGUCAUCGAUGACUACCCCUGUGAGGAGUUUCAUGCCCUGGUCACAGCUCAGCUGCCAGGCACCAUCCUCCUGCAGCAGAGAGAUGCUCUGCUGAAGCUGCUGGCCUCAAACUGGGACACUGGACACCACUAUUCACAGUAUCUCACAGCCCAGGUGAUUGACAGUGAUGGACGUCCCAUCAGAAGCACUGUGUCCUCCUUCUCUCACCACUUGAGGCGUCUUGAGUGGGUGCCGGCUUAUCGUGUCUUGGAAGGAGACCAGCAGGAGAGAACGUUCCUGUGUCCGAACUCUGUCUACCUGACCUCACCUGAGGUCACCAACCUGCUGGGCAGUCACGUCUUUUAUUUGGACAUGGAGUCCAGCGAGUUCACCAGAGCUUUAGGGAUGAGACAAAGUAUCUCGGUGGAAGCUCUGAUCAACUACCUGAAAGAGUGGUGUGUCAAACCUGAGGAUGCUAACCAGGAGUGGAAUGGACUUGAAGUGGCAGAGGGCACUACUUUCACCACCACGGUUCAACACAUUCACAAUGUUUACACCUAUCUGCAAACAAACUGUUCUCAGAGCAGCCUGAAGGAGCUGUUCCAACACACACCAGCUGUGUUCAUCGAGUACAACAGACGUGAGACCGGCUGGUGUUCUGGACGUUUCUACCACCUAAAGGAGGUUUGUUGGAGUGACACCACCAAGAUGUUCCAGCGCUACAAACCACUGACCAAUAAACCUGACAGCCCGCUUCAGGAGCCCAAACUCCUGGCUCCCUUCUACAGCCCACUGGUGGACAUGAAAGACUUCUUUAUCAAGCUGCUGAAUGUAGACCCCAGCCCUAACAUGAAGCAGUAUGUGGGUUUGUUGGAACUGAUAUGUUCCUCUGCUCCCAUACCAACAACUGAGGUGCUACAGGACGUGUCUCUGCUCUUCGCCAGACUGGCUCAGAAGUGUAAGGUUCACGUGUCAGUGGACCCAGACAGCCCCUCCCACUUCAACCUGAACCAAGGAUACUGCUCCACUUUGAAAGGUAUGGUGUCAGAUAAGAGGGUCUUUCCCACCAAAGAAAACAACUGGGUGACUUUGAAGCAUAAACCCAUGAUCCCUGACAACAAGGAGUUGGAGAAGAUCUUCAAAUCGGACAAGAAGGUCUGUCUGCUCAACCUGCCACCACCAACAGAGAAGAAGGUUCCUCCCAGCAGCAGGACAGGGAACUUUGGAGAACGAACCAGCGUUCCUUACUUUAUUGCCAAAGACCGACUGCUCUUCAUGGAGAUCUGUGGCAUCUGUUCACUGUCCCAGUGUGUCAAGUCUGAGCCCCAGACCGAGAGCCUGAGGCCCUGUGCAACCAUGCAAGAUCUGGUCCGCUCCGUGGUUCCGUACAUCCAGAGGUUCCUCUACUACCAUGAGGAACUGUCACAGGUCCACUCUGAGCUGGUGGACAACAACAUAAAUGAGACGAUCAGGCGACUUCAGUUUAGACAGGUUGGUAAACUGUACAUCCGCUACCAGCUGGACGUGGUGGACAGUGACUGCCCCCUGGUGGAGAUGCAGGAUGUCAUCUGUCUGCUGAAAGACAGGAAGGAGCUGUACAUCCAGAAGGACCAUCUGGACGCCAGGCUGGACAUCUGCAGGGAGCUGGUGAAACUCUUCUGCACAGAGAGCAGCCACAGGAAAGAACUCAUCCAUUUCUUGAGCGCCCUCAUCACUUCACUCAAUGAGCCCACAGCUCUGAAGAGACUGCUGCUAAAAGAAGACAUCAGAGAGUUGCCCAGUGAUGAGGAGCAGUGGGAGGUGCCGGAGCCUCCCAGGCCUGAUGUUCAUCUGGAGAGAAUUUCAAGAUUUUACCCCUCCACCGGCUCUGUAGAGGAGCCGGUCCGACCGGUGCAGGAAGACGGGGAUCAGACACUGGCCUGCUGGCCUCCUCGAGCACCGAUGCACAACAGUGGAGGCAGUCGAGGAGCUGCAGCAGACGGAGGUGUGGUUGAAGCCGUCAUGCAGAAGUGGCCGCCUCCCCCCGGCCCCAAAGACAGGGGGACGGAGAGGGAGGCGUCGGCACCCAGAGAAGAAGGAGGACACCUGGUCCAACAGAGUACCAGCAGCAGCAGUGAGGGACACCAGGCUCUCAGAGGCCUCAGCAGACCAGAGCAGACUGGAACUCAGAGAGUCCUCAGCCACCCAGGACAACCACAUCCUCCUCACCUGCCUCACCCUCCUGCUGCAAACCUCCACACCAGCUCAGCAGCACUGCCUCCAGGGUCAGAUCCCAGUCAACUGACCCCGACCAGCACCACUGUCAGUCCCCAGGAGGGAAUGGAGGUGCCUAGAGCUCCUGCAGGGGCAGAGACUUCUUCAUCUGCACCUCCUGCUGAGACAGUCAGUCAUCAGCAGCAGCCUGGUCCAGACAGCCUACCCGUUCCCGAGGCCGUGGUUCUUUCUGGUACAUUUCAAGGAACUGCUGAUUCUCAGCGUCCUCCUCUAAACCUGGACUUCCCGCUCUGGAACAGAGUGCAGCCUCCUCAGGAGACUCUGGAGGACAUGACGCUCGACUGUCAGAGACCAACCACAGUGGUUCUGUCGGACGAUCAGACAGACGUGUUGGCUAUCGGGGGGUGGGGCGAGGAGCUGGUCUACUCCUUCCUGUGCCACUGGAGGGACAGCGGAGAACCGGGCUGCCCCACCGACGUACUGUGGUGCAACCACAUCAGAGAGAGCGGGCUGCCCUACGACUUUAAGAUCAGCUUCGCGGCCCCCGACACGUGGACGUACGUGGAGGUCAAGUCCACCAUAAAGAAGGAAAAGGCCUUCAUUCACCUCUCGGUCAAAGAGCUGGACUUUGCACUGAGAGAGAAGGAACGUUACCACGUCUACAGGGUGUACAGCGCCGGGGACGCCAACAACGUCCGGCUGUGUCGCAUUCAGAACCUGGCGCAGCAUCUGUACACCAAGGAGCUGGGACUUUAUUUGUUUGUCUGAGACUUUUAUAUUGUGAUUUUAAAUUCAUUCAACUUUUAACUUCACUGAGAGGCUACUGAACAGAGACCUUUGAUAAAGCUCACCAUUAUUCUCCACUGGUUUUUAGUUACUUUGGUCACUGGUUAAUUUUAGUGUUUCUUAUAUUUUUACAGUCUUGGCUGUUUUUAAACAGUGUUUGUCUAAAUCAUUUUGUUCAGUAUGCCUUUAAAAUGAAUUACAUUUAAUUUAUCUUCCCACAGCUGGAGAUUUUAGCUGCGUUUUUCUUGACUGAAAUGCUAACAGCCAUAGACCUUUAACAAGAAAUGGACACGACAAAAUGUGUCAUUUAACUGCCGGCAGGUCUAUUUUCAAAAACAACAACCAAUAAUAUAUUAAUUCUUUGUUUUUUCAUCUAAAACCAGAUCAUUUUUCACAACUUUGACAACCAUUUAGCUAUACGACACAAAAUUAGCCAUUGACUCAAUUAGGUUCUCAUUAAAACGUCUCUGCGACGUCCAGUCUCUUUGAUCCAAUAGACUUAGACUAUAAUCUAAUUGGUCCAUGUUGGCUUGAUUAGUUCUUUAUUUAUUUCGCAUACGUUAGCGUGCAAAGUUAGGUAUUUUCUGAAAACCUUAGCAUCUGUUAGCAGCACAGAUGUUUCAGGAUAGACGACUGACUCAAUCCUGCUCCAGCUACCAACAAAAAUCUGAAUGGGGCCCCUAGCCGAGAUGCCCCCUGCUGGCCAAGCCUUCACUUUAAACACCAGAUGGUUACGGCUGAUUCUCUUCCGAGUCUCUUCUUCUGCACUGUUAUUUACACUGUGUGCACUUUUAUUACACCAAUCUGUAACUGAAGAACAAUGUUUGCACUUUGAUUUGGUGUUUUUAUCUUCGCGCUGUCUCCGCAGGUUUGUGUCCAACUGCAGCUGUUGUUUGUUGUACUUUUUUAAACUGUAAAGUGAGUUGAACUGAAUCCUUUGUAAUGUGUCUCUACCUCCUGUACUCAUAUCAUUCCUUCAAAAUAAAGUGUUCUUAGCCACUGAAA